GACUCGCACUGUUGGCGGUUCUUACCAACAUGGCGGAUGCAACAGCGGUGGCGGCGGCGGACGGGGACUCAAAACUCAGCAAGAAGUAUUAAGUGCUUUGUAAAUGAGACAAGACUGUGACAGUUCAUUAUGAUGGCCAGCACCAUGCUUAGGCUUCUUGGGUUGCAGAUGGCCGAAAUCUGCAAGGUCAGGGGUCAAUGGGGGAAGGUGCCAAUGCACCAAUUUGCUUCCUUUACUGCUCUUUUCCAGAAGAGACUACAUGAUGAAAAAAGUGAGCAGAAAAGGCGAAUGAAAGCAGAGAAGAAAGCUGCUGAGAAGGAAAUCAAAACGAAAGAAUUGGCUGAAAGGGAAGCUCCCAAAGAUGAAGAAAAUGACGAAAUCUGCUUUGGUGGAGAUGAAGAGACUCUUGAUCCUAAUCAAUAUUACAAAAUACGGACACUGGCCAUCCAGCAACUGAAGGGCACUGAAGAGGAUCCAUAUCCUCAUAAAUUCCAUGUCGAUCUCUCCUUAACAGAGUUCAUUGAAAAGUAUAAUUAUCUGCAGCCUGGUGACCAUCUCGCUAAUAUUAAUUUGACCUUGGCAGGUCGCAUCCAUGCCAAACGAGCCUCUGGCGCCAAAUUAAUUUUCUACGACCUCCGUGGUGAAGGAGUCAAGCUACAGGUCAUGGCAAAUUCCAAAAAUUACACAUCUGAAGAGCAAUUCAUUAAGGUCAACAAUAAGCUCCGGCGUGGUGAUAUUAUUGGAGUGGAAGGAAACCCAGGAAAGACAAAAAAGGGGGAGCUCAGUAUAAUCCCCAAAGAGAUAAAACUACUAGCUCCCUGCCUACACAUGUUGCCUCACUUGCACUUUGGACUUCGAGAUAAGGAAACUAGAUAUCGUCAGAGGUACCUGGACAUGAUCUUAAAUGAUUAUGUGAGGCUGAAAUUCAUCACCAGGGCCAAAAUUAUCACCUAUCUACGGACAUUUUUAGAUAAUCUUGGAUUUCUUGAGGUUGAGACGCCUAUGAUGAAUAUAAUUCCAGGUGGAGCUGUUGCCAAGCCUUUUAUUACUCAUCAUAAUGAAUUGGACAUGGAUUUGUACAUGCGAAUCGCACCAGAGCUUUAUCAUAAGAUGCUGGUUGUGGGAGGUAUUGACAGAGUGUAUGAAAUUGGCCGCCAAUUUAGGAAUGAAGGCAUUGAUCUCACUCACAAUCCAGAAUUCACCACUUGUGAGUUUUACAUGGCUUAUGCAGAUUAUAAUGACCUGAUGAAAAUCACUGAGAAGCUUCUUUCAGGUAUGGUUAAACACAUAACAGGUGGUUAUAAGAUUACAUACCACCCUGAAGGGCCUGAAGGCCAGAGUUAUGAGGUUGACUUCACACCACCAUUCAAGCGUCUCAGUUUGACAGGAGAUUUGGAGAAAACUCUGGGAGAGAAAUUUCCAAGUCCUGAUCAAUAUGAUACCGAAGAGACUCGUAAAUUCUUUGAUGACCUAUGCGCCCGGAAAGGUGUUGAAUGUUCAUCUCCGAGAUCUACAUCCAGGCUUUUAGAUAAGUUGGUUGGUGAAUUCCUGGAGGUUACUUGCAUUAACCCAACAUUCAUCUGUGACCAUCCGCAGAUCAUGAGUCCUUUGGCCAAGUGGCAUCGAACCUUCAAGGGUUUGACAGAGCGAUUUGAACUUUUUGUUAUGAAAAAGGAGAUUUGCAAUGCGUACACAGAAUUGAAUGACCCUGUUAAACAGAGAGAACUAUUUGAAGAACAGGCUAUGGCUAAAGCUGCUGGUGAUGACGAAGCCAUGUUUAUUGAUGACAACUUCUGUACUGCUUUGGAGUAUGGACUUCCUCCCACAGCUGGAUGGGGUAUGGGCAUAGAUAGACUCACUAUGUUCCUGACGGAUUCUAACAAUAUCAAGGAGGUCUUGUUCUUCCCAGCAAUGAAACCAGAGGACAACAAAAAGGAACGUCCUGAUGCAACUGAAAAUGCACCAUCUACAAACUAGGAACCUUGCAAUUCAACUGAUCAUAAAAAGUGAUUGCAUUACCGCAUUUAAUUUUAGGAAACAUGUUAUUUCUUCUGGCUGUUGAGAAGACUUAAAUCUUCAUUCUUGUUGAUUUUCAACUGUGCUGAUGUUUUUGGUUUGCUAAUAAUCACCCAUUCCUCCAAAUCACUUUGUAUCAAGAUAAAGUAACAAAUUAUUUGUCAGGUUUAACAUCUUUUAUACUUAAGUUUCUACAAAUAUCCAACUCUGUACCUUAUAGACAGCAUUUUCUGGUAUUACAAUGAAUAAGGUGAUAUGAUGAAUCAUUAAUAAACAGAAAGAAGCAAUUAAUUAUU